UUAAUGCAAGGGAGGGUCUCUCCUUCGUGGGGCUGCCCGGUUGUGCGCAAAUUGACGGCAACAUCUUGACGAGAGGCACUUGGCGAGUCGCAACCGUUAGGUUUGUAGAGUGUCCUAGCCAGCCAUCACAGUUGGAUUAAGACGCUUAGAUCUCGGAGAAAAACAUUUCCCUUCGUCAAAAUCCUUGUCAGAGUUCUAGGUCUCCAUUCUUCCCCUGUACCUUCGAGACUUCAAGGCUUGAUUUGCUGUUCAAAAUGCGUGAAUGUAUCUCUAUCCACGUCGGCCAAGCUGGUGUCCAGAUUGGCAACGCCUGCUGGGAGCUGUACUGCUUGGAGCACGGCAUCCAACCUGAUGGUCAGAUGCCCAGUGACAAGACCAUCGGAGGUGGUGACGACUCCUUCAAUACCUUCUUCAGCGAGACCGGUGCUGGCAAACAUGUCCCUCGCGCUGUCUUCGUCGAUCUCGAACCUACCGUUGUCGAUGAAGUUCGUACCGGCGCCUACCGCCAGCUUUUCCACCCUGAGCAGCUGAUCACAGGCAAGGAAGAUGCCGCCAACAACUACGCCAGAGGUCACUACACCGUUGGCAAGGAACAUGUGGAUACGGUACUCGACAGGAUCCGCAAAUUGGCUGACCAGUGCACGGGUCUACAGGGUUUUCUUGUCUUUCACAGCUUCGGUGGAGGCACCGGCUCUGGCUUCACAUCCCUGUUGAUGGAGCGUCUCUCCGUCGACUACGGCAAGAAGUCCAAACUGGAGUUUGCAGUCUACCCGGCUCCCCAAAUUGCCUCUGCCGUAGUAGAGCCCUACAACUCCAUCCUGACCACCCACACUACCUUAGAGCACACUGACUGUGCCUUCAUGGUCGACAAUGAGGCCAUCUACGACAUCUGUCGACGCAACCUCGACAUUGAGCGUCCGACUUACACCAACCUCAACCGUUUAAUCGCUCAGAUUGUGUCAUCCAUUACUGCGUCAUUGCGUUUUGACGGCGCUCUGAACGUCGACCUGACCGAAUUCCAGACCAACCUGGUGCCCUACCCACGUAUCCACUUCCCAUUGGCAACCUACGCACCUGUCGUUUCAGCCGAGAAGGCCUACCAUGAGCAGCUGACUGUUUCAGAGAUCACUAAUUCCUGCUUUGAGCCGGCCAACCAGAUGGUGAAGUGCGAUCCUCGUCACGGCAAGUACAUGGCCUGCUGUCUGCUCUUCCGAGGUGAUGUCGUCCCCAAGGAUGUCAACGCAGCCAUAGCACAAAUUAAGACCAAGCGCUCAAUCCAGUUUGUCGAUUGGUGUCCAACUGGCUUCAAGGUGGGCAUCAACUACCAGCCGCCCACCGUCGUACCUGGCGGUGAUCUUGCCAAGGUGCAGCGUGCCGUCUGCAUGCUGAGCAACACCACGGCCAUCGCUGAGGCUUGGGCUCGUCUGGAUCACAAGUUCGAUCUGAUGUACGCCAAGCGUGCCUUCGUCCACUGGUACGUGGGAGAGGGUAUGGAGGAGGGCGAGUUCUCUGAGGCUCGUGAAGAUCUGGCAGCCUUGGAGAAGGAUUACGAGGAGGUUGGCGUCGACUCGGGUGACGGAGAAGAUGACGAAGAUGUUGAAGAGUACUAAGAUCACUCUUCACAUGUUCAUGCAGGGAGCUUGCCUCCCUAUACAGUGUUCCCAAUAUCGAUUCCUGUAGAAACUGACAUCCAGUAUUCAGUAAACCAUUUCAUUGUAGUGUAAAAGUAUAUUAAACGAAGUGCAGGGAAUGUUGGGUGUUUUGAUAAUAGAAUAUUACCGUUUUUAAUCUAGAACAUUUCUUUUUAGCAAUGAUCAGCAUUUUGAAAACUCACAGCUCAUUCAGUAAAGAUCUGCUUAUAUUUGUACCAGAGGUGCGUCUUUGUGUCAAAAAGACUUGAUUUAUUCAUUAAUCUCAGGCUGAACCCAGAGAAAGAGGAUUUUGGUUGCAGGUUUCGAAGUAUUUAAACUAAGAACACGUCAAACGUGAUCAGUUUUUGGACAUUAUAGAAUCCAAAGUGUCGUGAAGAACAUCAUGCAGUAGGCCUACCAAUAUUAUUCUGUUUUCAGGGACAUGUCGAAUCCUAAAUCUGUCGAUGUUGAUUAAUCGAUUAGUAAAGUGUCGAUCAUUUUAAUCGAUGAAAUCAAGGCAACCACUCAGACUACGAAUACCAAAGGAGACAGAUCGUUUUGACCACUCGAUUUUAAACGCUGACCAUGGUUGCCAGUCAGAUCACAUUACACAACUCUUUCGUUCGAGUGUCGCAUCGAACGGUACGUCGAAAAGUUAAGAAACAAAAUCCUUCAUAGUCCAAUUUGUAGCUAUAUCCUUCGCUUCUUCAUUUUAAUUGUGAACAAAAUUACACAGCGUCGUAUUUUCCAUAAUUGCCAUAGAUCAAAAAGUAGAUUUGAAUUCCCAAGAGCAAUCAAGUCACAUUAUUCUUAAGAACAAAUCGACUUCAAAAGAACUUUACGUUCGUAAGGGUUAGUAGUAAUCAUGUAAUAUCUCGAGAACAAAAUAAAAUUACUUGUGAAACAGA